AUGGCUAAAAAUGUAGACAUAAAGAAAAAAUGCCCACGGGAAAAUAUUAUAAACGGAACAUGCCAAGAUAAUCCACAAAUUGGAGCUAGGAAGGAUAUCGUUAGUGGAGCUCCAGAUUAUGAGUAUUGUACACACAGCUUUUUAACAACAUGGAUAAAAGAGCUCAAGUACAAUAACCAACCUCUUCAAAUAGAAAACGGCGAGAUUCUCAGUAAUAGCCAUUUUUAUAUGGCAGUAGUUACUACUUACUACUACAGCUAUGGUAUCAGUGGGCUUCUUAUAACAACACCUCUCAUUCUUGGUGUCAAGAGUACUAAAGGGGGGACUUAUGAAUGGUACGAGAAUACCGGAGACGGUAUAAAAUGGAAAACGAUAAGUAAUACAGCGGAAUUUCCUAGCAAUGAUACAGGCCAAGUUAAUUCCAGAUUUAAGGAUAAGCUAGAUAGGCUCGCAUGUAAACUACAGGGUAUUGUUGAAAUAGAUCUCUCCAAAGAUAAAUAUUGGGAAGCAAGUUUGUCACAAUCCUAA